AUGAAACACUACUCCACUGUGCUUUCUCUUUCUAAGCAAAUGGAUUCUCUUGGAAUUCCCUCCGAUGUUUACAUUCUUGCCAUCGUCAUUAACUCUUUCUUCCAUUUGAGUAGGGUGGAUUUCGGUUUCUCCAUCUUAGGCAAAAUCCUCAAACUUGGGCAUCAACCGUACACCGCAACCUUCACCACUCUAAUUAGGGGGCUCUGUGUUGAGGGCAAAAUUGGUGAAGCCCUCCACCUGUUUGAUAAAAUGGUUGGGGAAGGUUUUCAACCCAAUGAGGAUAGACAAGUUACUAAGGCCUUGAACAUUUUCUCUAAGAUGAUCGCUAAAGACAUUUCACCUAAUGUUUCAACUUACAACUCGUUACUUUAUGGCCUAUGCAAGUUCUCUGAGUGCAAGCAUGUUGCAACACUGAUGAAUGAAAUGGUAGAUAGCAAGAUAAUGCCAAAUGUAGUUAUCUUUACUACAUUGGUGGAUGCACUCUGUAAAGAAGGAAUGGUCACCAUAGCACAUGAUGUAAUUGAUGUGAUGAUUCAAAGAGGUAUGGAUCCUGAUGUAGUCACCUACACUGCAUUGAUGGAUGGACACUGUUUUCAAUGUUGGGAUUGCAACAAGCUUGGGUAA